AUGGCCUCAGCUGCACCUUCAACCCAACGGCCUGCUGUCCAAAGCCAACCUACUCAGAGCAACGAGCAGAAUGAAAAGAUCGACAUGAUUGGAACACAUGUGGAAAAGCUCACUAGGUAUGUUGAAGAACUCAAGGAUAAGCUGACCGAAAAAGACGACCAGGUUGAACAGCUCGAAGCGCAAGUACUCGCAUUGGGAAAUAAGAAUGAUGGCAAACCAACUGCUGGAUCAAACAAAGUCAAGAUGCCAAAACCAAUAAACUUUGAUAGCACCCAAUCCAAGCUCAAGUCAUUUCUUGUUAAUAUGGAUAUGCAUCUCAACGCCAACAAGAUCACCAGUGACAAGGAAAAGGUAAUCUUUGUAGCCUCCUGCCUCACAGAUGAAGCAGUAGACUGGAUGCAACCAAUGCUUGACGAUUACUACAACAGUGACGCCAAUGAAUGGGACGAAUUAACCAAAACCAUCUUCAGAAGCUACAAGAAUUUCUGGAUCAAGCUUGAAGAAUCAUCUGCACAACAACUAGCGAUCAAAUUCAAACAAAUUAUAUUGCCACUGCAUUACGAUGAUGACGUUCUCAUAGGACUGUUUGAGAAUAUACUUAAGGAAGAACUCCAGACUGAAUUAAUCAAAAUAGAUCGACCUGACAAGCUCGGCAAAUUCAUCAAAAUGGCAGUCAAGAUGGACAAUAAAUUGUUCGAGAUCAAAUGA